UAAAAGACAUUACAAUAAGCCUGAUUACAAGUAGCUGACAGUGGAGGCUUUAAGACGCGUUAGAGCAUCUUUUUCUCUCCUCUCAUCGCUGCUUUACGGUGGAAGAAGAAAAGAUGACCCGAAAAAUCAGGUGGUGAGAUAGAUGCUCUACGUGUCAUCAGCUCAGCGGUGCUUCACAGAUUCACAGAUCCACGCACGACGUUAGGAGUUCCCCUCUCUCUCUCUUCUCUCUCUUUAUGGUGAAAACGCCCCUCUAUUCUCCUCCGACCGGCAGCAUCACCAUCAUCCCCCCCAGCCUGUCUGCUGUCCACCCAGCCUGCAGCGCUCCACCUCCCGCAGCAGAGGAUCGGCGCUCCGGGGCGGUGGCGGCGUCUCCGUCUUCCAGCUGCCUGGACCUGAAGCUUGACAACCGGACCUGGACAGGACCAGGACAGGACAGGACAGGACUGCAAUCCAUUUCUAUGACAACAGAGACGGCUUUGGCUGGGGAACUGAAGAGCGCAAUGGAGGGUGACGCCAUGAGGACCAAUCAGGUUCCAGAGGACCAGGGGGACAAUGAUGAUAGCUCAGAGAAGACCCCCAGCAAAGCCUCCAAAUCCCCCCAGAAAACUAACAAGCGGCCCAAGACCGUCCCCGUCAAAGUCACUCUACUGGACGGCUCAGACUACGAGGCUGGAGUUGAGAAAUUUGCCAAGGGCCAGACCCUGCUGGACAUGGUGUGUGGCCAUCUGAACCUGCUGGAGAGGGACUACUUUGGCCUGACUUUCCAGGACACGGACAACGCCAAGCAUUGGUUGGAUCCCUCCAAAGAGAUUAAGAAGCAAAUUCGGGUUGGUUCCUGGAUCUUUGGAUUUUCUGUCAAGUUCUACCCUCCAGACCCGUCUGUGCUCAUUGAAGACAUCACCAGGUACUACCUGUGCCUGCAGCUGAGGGACGACAUUCUGUCCGGUCGUCUGCCCUGCUCGUUCGUCACCCACGCCCUUCUGGGCUCCUACACUGUCCAGGCCGAAGUGGGAGACUACGAGCCAGAAGAACACGGCCCAGACUACGUCAAUGACUUCCGCUUUGCACCCAACCAGACACGUGAGCUGGAGGAGAGAGUGAUGGAGCUGCACCGUAACUACAGGGGAAUGAGUCCAGCAGAUGCAGAGGUGAACUUUCUAGAAAAUGCCAAGAAGCUCUCAAUGUAUGGAGUGGACCUGCAUCACGCUAAGGAUUCAGAAGGAAUUGACAUAAUGCUCGGCGUGAGCGCCAACGGUCUGCUCAUCUACCGAGACCGUCUGAGGAUCAACCGAUUUGCCUGGCCAAAAAUCCUAAAGAUCUCUUACAAGAGAAGCAACUUCUACAUCAAGAUCCGCCCAGGAGAGUAUGAACAGUUUGAGAGCACCAUAGGCUUCAAGCUGCCCAACCAUCGGGCCUCGAAGCGAUUGUGGAAGGUCUGCAUUGAGCACCACACCUUCUUCAGGUUGGUUUCCCCAGAGCCGCCUCCGAAGGGCUUCCUUGUGAUUGGCUCCAAGUUCCGCUACAGCGGGCGGACCCAGGCCCAGACCAGACAGGCCAGCGCUCUGAUUGACAGGCCCGCCCCACAGUUCGAGCGAUCCGUUAGCAAGAGGUACAUGCUGCCCCGAAGCAUUGAUGGAGCCUCGGCUCUAGGCUACAGUAUGGACCAGCUGUCCCAGAGAAGCUCCAGUGAACGCACACAGUUCAUGUCCAGAGAAGACCUGGACCAAGAGGGCAGCCUGGACCUGGACCACGAUCAGUACCACUAUCAGGACCAAGACCAGGACCAGUACACAGACCAGGAGCUGGAGCAGAACGAUGGUCAGGAUGAAGAUCAAGUUCACAGGCAUGCUUGGGGCGCUCACAUCUCAACGCCCACCAAGACUUUGGACCUCAAGGGUGAGGAGGACGGCUCGCCAGUAGACUCAAAACCAGAGGAUCUGGCCACGCAUCGGCCCAAACAGGAGCAGUUCCUGGAUAAGCCAGAAGAUGUUCUACAAAAGCACCAGGCCAGCAUCAACGAGCUGAAGAGGGCUUUGAGGCAGCCGAACAGCAAGAUGGCCCAGAGGGAGAAACGCCUCUCCUCGGCUACUCCUCCUGGAGGAACCCCCGAGCGGAAACCAGCUUAUGAAGGAGAGCUGGAUACUUACUCUAAAGGGGAAAAGAGUAAGACCUCCUCUAUGAGUAGAGACACAUUCUCUGUGACGCCUCGGACUGAAGCGAAGAUGAGCAGCUGUCAAACAGCCAGGGACUCUUUAAAAACAUCUCCCAGACAGGAAACAGACUUUAGAGCGCUAACGGAUAUGAACCCUGUGGAUGACACAGCGGCAACUAACGGGCAUCAUGAUUCUAUAUUAGCGAGGAAUGCCAUUCAAGAAAAUGGAUACGGAUCUCCACAUGAGGGGACUGUAGUGAUCAACAGAGAUGUGAGGCAUUGUCAGUAUGAGCAUCGAGAGAGACCCAAGAGCUUCGAAACUCCGGUGGCUGUGGACUCUCUCCCGAAAGGCGACGGAGGCAGAACUGAGACAGACCUGAGCCCCGUGGGAGCCCAAGACUGCAACAAAACAGUCUCACACUCACACUCAGAAGUCACCAAAAUAGUUCCUCUCAAGCCACAGAGAUCAAAGAAGUCUGUGAAUAAGGAGAACACAGGUGCCGUAAACACUCAAAGUCGGUCUGAUAGAGGCGUCUUUGGUGCGACUGGGGACGCACAGAUGACAAAAUCAAAAGACGGAUCCUGUGAGGCGGGAAGGAGAGUGGAUGAUAAUGCUGCUCUGCAGUCAGCUAGAGAUGUUGUCAAGGAAAACACAGGGGCCACCAGACACCACGGUGAAGCUGCAAUGUCAUAUCAACAGCAAACUCUACUACAUCAGCAGAUUAAGAAUGAGCUGUUUGGACAACAGGAGCUCAGAGACGGCAGAGGACAAAGUCUGUGGACGAGAGGAGGACACGAGGAUCACUUUCAAAACAACUCAGAGAAUCUCCUCUCUAGCUCCAAAUUUCCAACAGCUCCCCCGCGAACUCUCCCUCUGAAAACGCCGUGGUCCCGAGACAGACAGAGCAACGUAGACAGCAGCCACAUCCACUACCGGACGCCCAGCCAAGAAACAGCCAAGAGGAAGCAAGCGGAUACACCUCCCACACCUGCUAUUUACGAGGAAGCUUUCAACGAAGCUUCAAGGGAACCGUGGGAGAGACGUCUGGGCUCCGUCUCCGAGGACGACCAGGAUCAGGACAUCCUGUACCUGAAGGAGACCCACCUGGGCAUCGAACGCAAAUGCUCCAGCAUCACGGUCAGCUCUACGUCCAGCUUGGAGGCCGAAGUGGAUUUCACCGUCCUGACGGACCUGCACACGGGCAUGGAGGAGUUCUCCAGGGGCAUGACAGAGCUGGGGGAGAGGGAAAUGUCACCCGACGUGGGUCUGUGCUUUGGCAUGGACUUCGUCCAGCACCAGGGCCCCUGUGAACCACCUCCUCCGCUGGUGUCAGCCCCCAUGUCCAGAGGAGCCAGCAGCAGCCCUCCGGCCAAACAUAUUCCGGCUGAAGAGGUCCGACCAGAGGUCAAACGGCCCGAUGCGCAGCCUGUCGUACCCAAAAAACCAAAGAGGUCAGUGCCGGUGUCUUCGUCCAUGGACAGAGAGUCGCACAGAGAAACCGGUCGUGUCUCUGCCGUCACACCGCUGAGCAGGGAGGCCAGUGACAUCAUGCCCACGCCGACGGUUAGGAAGACGGACGUCAGGACGGAGACUCAGCCCAACGGGUCAGAGGUCACCACCACCAUCGUGGAGUUCACAGAUCAGGAUCACGGCAUCACCGGCCUGAGUGAAGUUUCUUACUCUACGAGACCGAGUGUUUCCCCGGUGCAUAUGAGCAGUCUUGGAAGAGAGGGGUCAGGGUCGCCCAUCCUCGUCACUGAAAAUGUUACCUCGGCAACCACUCACGUCAGCAAGACGGUGAAAGGAGGAUAUUCAGAGACCAGGAUCGAGAAGAGGAUCAUCAUCACAGGAGACGAUGAUGUCGACCAGGAACAGGCUCUGGCUAUUGCAAUACAGGAAGCCAAGCAGCAGCAUCCAGACAUGCAGGUGACCAAGGCAGUCGUUGUCAGGGAAACAGAAUCGUCCACUGAGGAUCGACACGGCGCAUCAGAGUCCUGAUUCGCUGAGACGAGAGCACCCCCCUUUGGACCGAAAGUGUCAGUGCCCGACCUGAAAUUGCCACCCACCAUCCCUGCUGAUAGACUACUGCCAGUGGCGCUCAAACAGGAGCUUCUUGUAACACCUUCACAAACAGACAAAGCUGAAUCAACCUUUGAAAUCCUUACGUUUUUAUUUUCACUAUUGAGAUCAUUCAUGUUCAGCAGAGUGAUUUGGCUGAAAAACAACAACAACAACAUAAACAUCACUCUUGGUCCUUUAUUGGUCGACAAUAUGCCACCAGAACUCCAGGAACAAAUUAAAGAGAUUUGAUCCAAAUCCAACUAAAUUCCCUGCAAAACCUCUCAGGGACUCUAUAUUCUUCCUCAAAGGUCAAAGUGCACUCGUUCACACUGUGGAAUAAUCCGAGGCCAUGUGCCGUGCUGGUGCCCCUCCCACGCAGAAAGUAUCAUUUUGGAAAAUAGGAAAUAAUCGUGCACCUAGGAGUGCUUUUUACAUGUCUGUGCUGCUGUACUGAAUAACAAGAAAUAUCAGAUUCCUGCUGGAAAAAAAAAAAAAAAAACUGCUGUAAAACCUACUGUGUGUGUGUGUGUGCUUACACUUAAUAAUUAAAAUAAUCCAUUACAUGUAGCUCCAGUACUGUUUUAGAAGCAGGGUUUAGUGAGAGCAGAGCAAAUCCUACUUUUAGUUUUCUCUCUUGCGUAUCCAGUCUAAUGAACAGAUGAGCUUUGUCCCUCCUCCCGUCACGCAGCUGUGCACACGCACUGAGCAGGAUGGAUCAUCCUCUAGGUGGUGUUUUUAUUCAAAGUCUGGGCUAAGUCUGAUCACUGUACUUCCCCUCUCUCUGUCUCACCUUAAAGAUGUAUUUGACCCUGACGGGGUGAGGUGCUGCAUCAUGAUUGAUUGGAGAAUUUCUGCGUAUGCGUGUGUGAACAUUAGGAGCUGUUAGUACACACAAAUAGUACCCGUUGUAUUUAUUCAAAUGAUGGCGAUGUAGUUUCUGAGCAUGCUGAUGUUUCAGAAUGAGCCCAGUUUCUCUCCUCACCCAGCCUUUAGAUAUGCUUUUCAGCUGGAUAUAACACAGUUACGGUACAUAGAGUAGGCUCACACACCCUUGUCCACGUCACAGAGCGGGGCCGCUGCAUCAGUAAAAAAAAAAUAGUAUUUGAGAUAAUGUUUGCAUGAUAAUUUCUUGCAUUGCUGGAUUAUAAUUGAGUAAUGUGGAUAUAAGAAGGAUGGAGCGUGAUGAUAUAAGAUAUAAAGGCCGACUUAUUCGCAAUCUGAAGCCAAAUCUGAGCUCUGAAGGAAAUUAAGCUUCCUGACAGGAAAUGAAGAGUAUUCAUCAGAGCACACAACACGUUGUUUAUCCAACGACAGCACGGUGGCUACACAGUAUCUUCCUUCAGUCACAACCCUUUAACAGUUUCAUCUAAUUCAAGCCACUGCUGCUGUUAUAUAUCUUUAUUUGACACAUCGCUUUACUUUUAAUCUCUCCGUAAAGAAACAGGAAGUUGUGGUGACUGAUAUUUUUUUCACGGCUAUUUAUCGUGCAACACAUCAUCUUUCGACGUGCUCUGCAGAAACGGUGUUAUGCAUCAGAGCCCUCCCGAUACUCUUUCACGCAAACUACAGUGUUAUAAAUAAAUAAAUUAACUAUACGGUAGGAGCAGAAUCUUUGAACUUUUAGUUUUUGUGUGAUUUGGUACAUGAAUGUUAGAGGGAUGCCAAAGGCAUGUAGUGUGCCAAUUAAGGUAGCAGUCUAAAUUGUACAAACUCUGAUUUUAUAUGAAACUAUUUGUAUGAACGAGCUACUUUUAAUUACACACGGUGCCAGAAAGUCAAAAUGCAUAAACUUGACAUGGCAAGGUUUCCCUUUAAUUACGGUGUCUUUAACAUCACCUGCAAAAAAAAUUCCAUCUCCUUGCAAAAGUCACAUUUUAUAUACAAAUUCAAUUGACAAAAAACACAAUGUUAAAACUGUCAUGUCAGGUUUAUGGGGGUUCAACUUUGGCUUUCAGACACUAAACUUUACCGUCAGCGUUCACAUGUGUGGUGUAAUUGUUGUAUUUCAUAUUUUGGUUCCAGAUCCUUUAAAGUGGUGAUUAAUCAUGGAUGUGGGUGUCAAACUGGAAGGUGGAAAAAAAAAAAAUGCAGCCGUGCAUACCUUGUACUAUAUAUUUGGUGCCGUUUGGUGGAUUGUGAAGAUGUAAAGUAGUUAAUGGACCUUGGGCUCGAUGUACACUAGGGGGCACCAGUUACCAAAAAGAAGAGGCUUUUGCAACGACGUAGAGCAGCUGAAAAAAUCCUUCUCACCGUUCUUCACUAGAAUUAUCCAAAUCGUCCUUGGAUCAAACCUGUGAGGUCAAACUUACCUUCCUCUGUCCAGAAGAGGCCGGCUCCCGUUGGAUGUGUGACAACUAACAACCAGACUGUGAUGAAUCAGAGACAUUUGGCCGCGGCUGAGACACCUGCUGCCGAAGUCUGAUUGGACGACCUCUGGCUGACCCUGAAACCUCUCCUCUUUCUGUACAGAGCCAUCCUCCUCUUCCUCCUCCUCCUCCUCCUCCUCCUCUGCUCUCCGUUGCUUGGUGCCAUGUCUUUGCUCUACAUUGUACUUGCAUUCCUUUGAAAAUGAAUAAAGAAGAAAGAAAAAGAGAACAA